AUGUCGUACUCCGAGCUUCGGAAGAAACAGAAUGUGUCGUGGGCAAAUGAGAGUGUGCGCAAAGGAAUCCAUCACGCGGCUGAUAGGAAUUAUGUCAUGGCAAUCAAAUGCUAUCAGAACGCCCUGGAGCUAGACAGCGAGAACGCAGAUGCUUACGUAGCGCUGGGGGCAGCCUAUGCCAACACCUCAAAGUCGCAUGAAGCUAUCGAAGCUUUUUCGAAGGCCCUCGAGAUUCAACCGGAUCACAGUAAUGCGAUCAAGUAUCUCAAUGCCACCAGGUCGAAGUUUGGACUUGCUCAA